UAGUAGAUUUGUGGCACUUGGGUUCACAUGUUCGAUUUGUGGGUUAUCACAUCGAACAUGUAAAACCCCAUAUAUUUUUCAUGUUCGAUAUCGCGUUCGAUUGCUGCUGCGUCCCAAUCAUUUGUUGGGUUAAAUUCCCUAGUACAAUUUUCCGACCAACACUUCAGAAAGGCCUCAUGUGACCACCCGCUGCGCAAAUUCGAGCAGUUUUCUGCGUAGUUUUUUGCGUCGUUUUGUGUCAAAAAAUACGCAAAAAAAUACGCUAGACUUCAGCCAAAUCUACGAUAGCCAGCGUAUUUAUUGCAGUUUUUAGGUGCGCAACGAGCGCCAUCUGUUGAAGGAAUGGAUGAACUAUUUCAGACGAUGGAGCAAAAAAAACGGCCGAAAAAUUCAAAAAUAUUGGCGCCCAUUCCUUCCUCCUCCUCUUCCUCUAACUCCCUUCCCCUCCCUGCCUUGCCUUAUACUUGCGCUUCAGCCCGUGCCUUUCGCCGUCAGCUGAUUGUGUGUAUGCGUUGGUGUAUAUGUACAUUGCGGUUGUGGAUUGUAAUGUGGGUGUUAGCAUUUAUUUAUUCGUGUGUGACCUUGACGAUGCGGGAGAAGCUGGUUCAUUUUGGGAUUUAAAGUGUUAUCGGUGUAUUUAUGGUUUAUUUUAUUUCGUGCCGCUGCUGAUGAGGCCAUUUAAUGCCCGUGCCGAGGGUGAAGAAGCCAAUUUCAAACAAGCGUACGAGAACGUCUAACACUGAUCUAUUUUUUUUUUUUUAAUCUGAACAUGUUUGAUGCUUCAACGACCUUCUAAACAUCAUGUAGCACGGUGUAUAGUGGCAAUAACAAAAUUUUUUUUUUCAAUGUGCCGGAAUUUGUCUCGAGUUUUCUGGCCACGACACACACACACGGACACACACACAGCGCGGGGAAAGUGAUCGUCCACUCUAUCAUGCCGCAAUCCCCCUCCCCUCCCGGUGCUUUGGAUGAGGAUGCGCUACAAGUUAAGCCAGCAAUUCUACCGAUAAGGUAGCGGAAAUCGAUCGUGCGUGUACGCGCGUUCGGGGGUGCGUUCUCGCGUACGCGCGUGCAUGCGUGCGUGCGCGCGUGUGUGUGUGCGUGCGGGAACCCCAAAACUGUUUGAUUCUGAUGCGUGCAUUGGCACCGGCUGCGUCUACACACUCCAUGCAUUCUCAGAAAACGCACUGUACGCCGCCCGGUCGAUUACCGCUACCUAAGAGACAAUUCAACCAUUUAAUUGGCACCACCAUCUUUGCGACCAGUUCUGCUGUUGGGGGUAUUAAAAAGACAAACGAUCGAAGCAAACGUGCAUGUGAUAUGUUAAGGCCGGGCUACAUUGAUCGUACUCGCUGGUGUAAUUUUGAUUUUCACUAGCGCAUCUGGCGGCGGCUGACCGAAGCAUUUUGCCAAACAAUUUGGAGCCGCUCCAGAACAUGCGUUAUUUUUCCAUGUUUUUUACUUUAACUGGACUGGAAAAGCUUUGUAAUUGAUAGAUAAACAUAUUGUGCAAGUAUUUCAGCCAUUUUCGCAUUGAAAAACGGUGAAAAAAUAACUUAAAUUUGAGAUCCGGCAUGACCAUUCCCUCGACGACCAAAAAAAGCUUCCACCAGCUUCCGCCAGAUGCGCUAGUGAAAAUCAGAAUUACACUACGAAGUACGGUCAAUGUAGCCCGGCCUUUACACAUUUCUUUCCAAUUCCGCUAGCGGACGCAAGUGGAAACAAAACUUGAAUUGAAUCCAUACAAAAGAGGAUUCUGGAUUUGUUUAUUACGGUGCGCGUAUGGUGCUGCACCUGUCCGUCCAGAAUCUGGUGGCUUGUUGGUUUGGAGUAGUUAUCAUGACGCCGAUUGACCGGCAAUGCCUUGGAAUGGGUUCGGAUCGGUAGGUUCAUGUUUUGGUCGAGUGCGUUCCGUGCAUUUGUCGCGUCACAGCGGUAGCCCGGCAGCAACAAAGUCAAGACAAACUCUUAAGGCCGGGCUACAUUGAUUGUACUCCGUAGUAUAAUUUUUGUGAACGCGUACGCCAUCUAGCGGUGGCGGGUUGAAGCUACAUGCUGGUAUAAUUUAUCAGUCAAAAAACGUUUUGGGUCGAGGAGGCUAUAAUUUUACGCAAUGAUGGAUAGAUGUUGGAAGAUGGGGAAAAAUGUUGCCCAGCGCUUUGUAUCAAUGACGAUUUGUCCAACAACAACAAUUAACGGCCUACUUUGUUGCAAUUUAUAGGCGUAUAUUAACAUUUCAAACGGCAUACAAGUAGCCUGUUCAAAACUUGAUGAGACACCAAGCAUGAAUAAUUUUGACGCAUAAAUUAUACCGACAUCUAGCUUGCGCUGCUCGCCGCCAGAUGCGCUAGUGAAAAUAAAAAUUACACUUGCGAGUACGAUCAAUGUAGCCCGGCCUUUACCCGGGUGUGGACUGCUAUGCUAAGUUCUUUUUAUUAUUAUUGGCGUAAUAGCCAACGCGAUCAUGCCGGCCUUUUCAGGACUUGAGUACCACGUAGCCGGAGCCGGUGACUAACCCCUUGCUACGGCGGAUGGUUCAUACGCGAUUAGAACCCACGACGGGCAUGCAGAUGUGCGGAAUGAUGGCGGUGCCGCGGGCCCGCUCCUAUCCAGUGUGCAACUUGCAUACUGCCACACUGUCUCCUGCCCGGUGCAUACGCAGCAGGCAGGGGGAAGGAUGCACUUCCACCAUAAAAAAAACACCGUCAUGAACCAGCGGUGGAUCUAACGGUGGGCGGACUAGGCGGUCACCGAUUGUUGCGGGCGCUAGCAGCGCCGCACGACAUUGGUACUCUGGGUUGUCGUGACCGUGCGACAACUGUCAGACGUUUCGGUGUCAGCGAUCGGGAGGCUGCGAUCGUGCGCGAAAGCCGAUCGUGCCUUUUUCGGGGUUCAGCAGCGAGGGAACACAGACGUUCCGCGGACAGUUCUUUUUAGCGUGUUAGCUUUAAGCAGUUUUAUAAUAUAUGUUUGUAAAGUUUAAACGUUGUAUCCGGAGUUUUAAUCGGCCUCCGUCCUAUAUCACCCCAACACCGGACGUAACAACUGGCGACGAGAAAAGGCAACAGAAGGAAGACCCAUACAGCAUCGUGAAGGAAACCGCCAUCGCACCAGGCUUACGCAGCGCUCCACACCCGGCCUAAGCAGUGAAUCACCAGUAGAAACAACGCUGGAUUUCAUUGCGCGACAAAUCAGUGAGUACAAAUAUGAACCCGAAGAAAACAGAACGUUUACCGCGUGGUACGCACGUUAUGAGGAGCUUUUUGAGAAAGAUGCUUUACACAUAGAGGAUGCAGCUAAGGUUAGGGUGCUUCUGAGGAAGCUUAGUACAAGUGAACACGAGCGUUACAUGAACUUUGUGCUACCCAAGCAUCCCGGAGAUUUUUCGUUUGCGGAAACGGUGACCAAACUGAAAGCGUUAUUUAGUGCGAAAGAGACAAUUUUAAGCAAGCGUUACAAGUGUCUGAAAAUAGUGAAAACUCAAGCGGAAGACUUUAUGUCGUAUGCGUGUAGGGUUAACCGUGCGUGUGAAGAUUUUGAAUUGAAAGCUAUGACGGAAAAUCAACUAAAGGCAUUAGUAUUCAAGUGUGGUCUCAAGAACGAAAAUGAUUUAGAGUACCGAACGCGGUUAUUGAAUAUGAUCGAAAAGAACGCAGAAAUUUCCCUGGAACAAUUAUCUACCGAAUGUCAAGGCAUAAUUAAUUUGCACGCAGAUAGCGCAAUGAUUGAAGACAGUGCAAAUAGAAAGGUAGCCGCGAUAAGAAAAUGGCCGUCAGCAAACUCGAAAUUUCUGCCAAAAGCAAAUGGCAAUCAGCAACGUUUCCAAAAUGGUACUCAGCAACGUUUUCAAAAUGGUAGUCAGCAACGUUUGCAAAAUGGAGGAGGUCCAUCAGGCAUCAAACCAAAAACCCCAUGCUGGUAUUGUGGUAUACAGCACUGGGUGCGUGAUUGUACAUUCAAAUAUCACAAGUGCAAGCAAUGCGGAACAGUAGGUCACAAGGAAGGAUUUUGCAGAAAUCGAAAGAGCCCUCAGAAAACAAUCUAUUCUAAUGCACACGUAAGGGUGGUGCGUGUGAAUGCGUGUUGCAUAACGAAGCAAAGAAAAUACGUGACAGUGUGCGUGAACGGAAGGUCGUUACAGUUGCAAUUGGAUACUGCUUCUGAUAUAACGGUAAUAGGACAGCAGUCCUGGAGACAGAUAGGCGAACCGCAAUUGAAUAGGCUAACAGUGAAGGCACUAACAGCAGCAGGCACGAAUUUUGAACUAUACGGAGAGUUCUCGGCGAAUAUCAUAAUUCAUGGUGUUGAACGUUUUGCAGUAAUUCGUGUGGUAAAAGCAGACGUAAAGCUGUUAGGUGCAGAUGUUAUCGAACUUUUCGAGUUGUGGUCCGUGCCAAUGAAUGUAUUUUGCAACAAUGUCAGUAAUAAUUCAGCAAAGAUGACGAUGAUAAGUCUCCAAAGGCAGUUUCCAGAAGUUUUCAAUGGAACAGGAGUAUGUAAAAAAGUUCAGGUGCAAUUAAAGCUUCGAGAUGAUAUUACCCCUGUUUUUCGACCCAAAAGGCCAGUGGCCUAUGCUAUGAGAGAAGUAGUUGAAAAGGAAUUAGAUAGACUUGAGCAAAACGGUGUGAUUACUCCCAUUAACUAUUCAGACUGGGCAGCACCUGUUGUGGUUGUGCGGAAAUCCAACGGAAAGAUACGUAUAAGGUGAUUACUCGACAGGUUUAAAUCAGGCACUUCAAGCACACGAGUAUCCCCUUCCAAUUCCGGAGGAAAUUUUUACCAAACUGGCACAAUGCAAUAUUUUUACAACCACAGACCUUUCUGAUGCUUUUGCACACGUCUCAGUAGAAGAACAAUAUAGGCCAGUACUGAGCAUAAAUACACAUCGUGGCUUAUACCAAUACAACCGCCUUCCGCCAGGAAUAAAAGUAGCCCCUGCAAUAUUCCAACAGCUUAUAGAUAUAAUGAUAGCAGGCAUGGUAAAGGUAUGCGGGUACAUGGAUGAUUUGAUAGUUGGACGUGUGACACAAGAAGAACAUGACACGAAUGUGAAAGAAGUUUUAAGCCGCAUUAAGGAAUACGGAUUCACAAUUCGAGCGGAUAAAUGUGUAUUUGGCAUGAAGCAAAUCCGAUAUCUUGGUCACAUUUUAGAUGGAAAAGGUAUUCGUCCAGACCCGGCAAAGAUCGAAGCAAUUUUAAACCUACCACCGCCAACAGAUAUAUCAGGGCUUCGUUCGUUUAUUGGAGCUAUUAAUUAUUACGGCAAAUUUGUGCCAAAAAUGAGAGACCUCCGUUACCCUUUAGACAGUCUACUCAAGCAUGGUGAGCAUUUUCAAUGGUCAAAGCAAUGCGAGGAAAGUUUUCAAGCAUUUAAGAAAACUCUCUCUUCAGACCUAUUACUCACGCAUUAUGAUCCUAAGGCAGACAUCAUAGUCUCAGCCGACGCGUCAUCAGUUGGUCUAGGCGCCACAUUAAGCCACAAGUUUCAAGACGGCAGCGUCAAGGUCGUUCAGCAUGCAUCAAGGGCACUGACAGAGACAGAAAAGAAGUACAGUCAGAUAGAUCGCGAAGGACUAGCGAUAGUAUUUACAGUGACAAAGUUUCACAAAAUGAUAUAUGGGCGUCAUUUCAAGCUACAAACAGAUCAUAGACCGUUACUCCAAAUUUUUGGCUCAAAGAAGGGAAUCCCAGUGUACACAGCAAACAGAUUACAAAGAUUUGCCCUUACAUUACAACUACAGGCGGUCCCCGAGAUACACGGUUAAUGGGGACCGAAAACGGCCGCAAAAUACCGCGUAUCUCGAAUUUCCGCGUAAGUCGAAUCUCGUGAUUUCCAGCUGAAAUAUCACUAAUUUUCGUGUAAUUUUGCAAGUAAUCGCGUAUGAACCAUCCGCCGUAGCAAGGGGUUAGUCACCGGCUCCGGCUACGUGGUACUCAAGUCCUGAAAAGGCCGGCAUGAUCGCGUUGGCUAUUACGCCAAUAAUAAUAAAAAGAACUUAGCAUAGCAGUCCACACCCGGGUAAGAGUUUGUCUUGACUUAGUUGCUGCCGGGCUACCGCUGUGACGCGACAAAUGCACGGAAUGCACUCGACCAAAACAUGAACCUACCGAUCCGAACCCAUUCCAAGGCAGUGCCGGUCGCACGGCGUCAUGAUACCGACUCAAAACCAACAAGCCACCAGAUUCUGGACGGACAGGUGCAGCACCAUACGCGCACCGUAAUAAACAAAUCCAGAAUCCUCUUUUGUAUGGAUUCAUACGUCUGCUAGCUUAAGUGGAAAGAAAUGUGCUACAUAUCACACGCACGUUUGCUUCGAUCGUGUUUCUUUUUAACACAGAGCCGAUCGAAAAGAUGCCAAUGGGUUUAGAAACGCACGCACACACACAAACACACAAACACGCGCGCGCAAACUCACACACAAACACGCACGCGCAAACUCACACACACACACACACACACACACACACACACACACACACACACACACACACACACACACACACACACACACACACACACACACACACAUACACACACACACACACACACACACACACACACACAUACACAUACACACACACACACGCGCACGCCAGCACGCACGCACGCACACACACACGCACGUACGCGCCCCCGCGAGCAUGAAAGCGCGCACGCCAGCACACACCCACGAAAGCGCGCUCGCGAGCACGCACCCCCGAAGUCGCGCAAGCACGCA